CUCCAUAGUAACUCUCCGCCUUCUGAACUCGAGCGCGAGGCCGUUCGCGCGUCCCUUGAGAAACAGAAUGAGCGUCUAAAGGAAAUGGAAACCAGUAUUCUCAUUCCGGAGAAAGGCCUGCAGGAAAAAUGCACUGCCCGAGAUCUCUUACGGGAGAAAAUUCAUCGUCAACGAUCUGUGCUAUCGCCUUUGCGAGUCAUUCCCGCAGAAUUACUUUCGGAGAUAUUCGUCCACUGCCUGCCGGAAGACGUCUUCAUACCUUGUAGAGCGUCGAGUGCACCAUUGGUCCUCACGCAGGUAUGCCAGUUUUGGACGGAAGUUGCACUCUCCUCGCCUCGAUUAUGG